AUGAGAAAAGAACUAAAAUACCUUAUCUAUUUCAACGUGAUCCUGGUGUUGUUUAUAAUACAGUACACGUUCGAUUUGCUAACGCUGUGUAUUGACRACACUUUCAAAGACGCCAUACUGGAGGAAGACCUGAAUCCUCCGCCCAAUGUUGCCUCCAAGCCCCAGCUAAUCCCUAAGAUUAUCCAUCAGACUUACAAGACAGAAGAAAUCCCGGAGCACUGGAAGGAAGGUAGACAGAAAUGUCUCGACUUGCACCCGGACUACAAGUACAUCCUAUGGACAGAUGAGAUGGCGCACGAAUUUAUCAAGGAAGAGUACCCUUGGUUCCUGGACACUUUUGAGAACUACAAGUACCCCAUCGAACGUGCCGAUGCCAUCCGUUACUUCAUCCUGUCCCACUACGGUGGUAUCUACAUCGACUUGGACGACGGUUGCGAAAGGAAACUAGACCCAUUACUGGCUUUCCCCGCGUUCUUGAGAAAGACCUCCCCCAUGGGUGUCUCGAACGACGUCAUGGGUUCCGUACCCAGACAUCCUUUCUUCUUAAAGGCUCUGAAAUCCCUGAAACACUACGAUAAAUACUGGUUCAUUCCUUACAUAACCAUUAUGGGCUCCACCGGUCCUUUGUUUUUGAGUGUUAUAUGGAAACAAUACAAGAGAUGGGGUAUUCCUAAGAAUGGAACCAUAAGAAUCCUGCAACCUGCUUACUACAAGAUGCAUACCUACUCCUUCUUCUCCAUUUCCAAAGGUUCCUCGUGGCACUUGGAUGACGCCAAGUUAAUGAAAGCAUUGGAGAACCACAUUCUGUCGUGUGUCGUCACCGGGUUUGUCUUUGGCUUUUUCAUCCUAUAUGGGGAAUUUGUAUUUUAUUGCUGGUUAUGUUCAAGAAACUCCAGCAACGUUACCAAGAAUUGGAAGUUCGGCUCUUUCAAAGCCAGGGUCGCUGCAACCCUAAACUCACUAGGACAAAGACUUAAAUCGACCAGGGGCAGUAGCGACACUACAAAUAACACCGCCUCGCUAUCGAGGCAGCAGAAAAGACUAAGAAAGGACUCGAAUACAAACAUGAUGAUACUAAACUCCUCGAGAAACAACAACGAUGUCUACGAUCUAGAGAAAAAUGACCCUUCAAAACACCUGCUAGGAAAUGACGCCACAUAA